AAGUGAGUAAAUGAAACGAUUGCAUAUUUUUCCCUUUAAAAAAUGAAGCAUUCACAUGAGGAUGAUACCUUAUAUGCUGUGAAGUGAAAAUUAAAUACAAUAAAUUUCAUAAUGUUGUGAAAUUCCAAUAGAAAUGCUGAGGAAGAAAAUAUUUGUCAUCAGCUUUAAGAAUAUUCCAGCUUAAUUAAUGCAUGGUUUGCACAAUGUUAAUGUCUUUUUAAUAGUAAAUAGGUUAAUGAAACGCUUGCACAUUUGCAGAUGUCUUUAUUUUUUGCAGGAUAUAAAUGAAAUUCGGUGAAAUUCAUCAUGUUGUGAAAUUCUAAAAAGAAAGUUUUGCUGACAAACAAAUUUUGUUCUUAUGAUUUAAAUUGCUGAGUUAACAUAUUUUAUCUAUAAAAAUGCAGCUGCAUUUUAGAUUUUCAACAGUUUGUUACCAAAACCCCUCAGUGUUUCUUACAAUGAAUCAACUCAACAACAUGUCUUUGGCCGAAAUAAUGAAUUUUAUUUCACUUACCAAAUCGGUAAGCGAUUUAAUUGCAAUUAUUGAGGAUAAAGAUGGUCAAGUUUUCCUUCAAAAAGUAAUUAAACGGAUUGAAAGUGAUGUGAAUAAUGGAACGUGGCUCACCUAUACCGAGAGAAAAAGACUACUCAAGUGCGUUGUAGCUCAUGGAGACUGUUCAGGGAUAUCUGACAGUCUAUGCCGAAUUCUCUCUGGUAAGAGAAAAAAUCAGAGUACUACACGCCAAGAUGUUGGACUUUCUCGACCGCCUCAUCAGGGAACCAGUGGUGUCGGAAAAGAGGAUGAUGUUAUAGACUUAUGUUCAAGUGAAAGUGAUGACGAUUAUGGGAUGGAAGAUUCUAUUGAACAACAAGGAGGAGGGAUUGAUACAGCUGAGAUAGAACCAGUUCAACAUCAUAAAAACAUAACGGUCCUUGAAAAAGUCAAAUCGCACAAUUCCCACUUUAACUACACUCAGCUAGAGAUUGAGUUUCAACUAGAGAAACCCGAAAACAACUCAGAAGGGGAGAAUUGGAUGGAAGAUGCCUUUGAUGAGGUACUUAAAAUUCUGCGGACGGAGUCGAAAGAUGGGGACAAAAUUGUUAUGAAACUAUUUCUCCGUGAUAAUCCAAAUCACAGACCAAUAUUCAUAGGAAUUCGUCCCCUUACUGCUCUGAACGUACCCAUCAUAUUCGCACACCUAGAAAAAGUACAGCAAAGUACAACUGUUUUCAAUUCGACGGAUGUACUGGGUGUUCGCGCUUAUCUUCUACAUGCGAUGUCAGGUGGAGCUCUUCAUCGUCGUAAUCCAUCAAGAAUGAAUGCUGAGGAACUCCGUCGUUUCAAAAACAAAAGCUCAAUUGAUGUUAAUGCUGAGAAGAAUUGUUUGCCGAUCGCCCUCUUAUUAGGUAUGUUACUUUGGAAUGACGAUAAAGACGAAAUGGCUAAAUUGAUCAAAAGUUACAAGCGGUAUCCCUCAAAAUUAAAUAGAAAAGCAGAUGAAUUAGUUAAAAAAAUAGCCCUUUGCAAAUAUAGAGAAGAUGGCAAAUAUGGAAUUGAUUUGAUCUAUGCUUUCGACAAAAAAUACUCAAAUGAGUUCAGAGUGACUGUAUACAGUAACCUCUCAGAUUUUCGAUCUCACGAAUAUAAAUCACGUAGAACAGAAACCAAUCUUAAAAAACCGAUCAAUAUUUUUUAUGACAAAACGAAUGAGCACUAUUUUUGUAUUUCAAACCUCCCUGGGUUUUUUAAUUUUCGUAACCAUUGUUUAACUUGUGAUUCACUCUACCAUCAUACACACACUUGUAGCGAAAAGUGCAAAUAUUGCCAACAAAAUCCACCAUGCCCAAAUGUCAAGACUAUGAUUGAAUGUUCUUCUUGCAAUCGUAGGUUCAAAGGACAGAUUUGCUUUAAUAAUCACAAUAUUUCACGUGUUUGUGAAAAAUUAAAAAUGUGUAGAAACUGUUAUUUAACAUUCGAUGCCUCAAAAGAACACGAUUGCGACAAAAGGAAAUGUGACAUUUGUGGCCAGAAUUGCACUAUCCCUCAUUAUUGCCAUAUGCAGCCCUAUAAGAAUAGGAAAAACCGUAAUGAGUACUGCAUAAUCUUUUAUGAUUGUGAGUCAGAAUUUACAACGCUUCCGGGGGGGUAUUCAAAACAUACGCCCAAUUUAGUCAUCUCGUGUACGGUUUGUCACUUGUGUGCAGCAACUCCCAAUUCUUAUUGCACAAGAUGCGGUCCCUCAGAACGUAUUUUUCAGAGUGAUGAGAACAAGUCCUCAGUUGAAAAAUUUCUCGAUUAUGUUUUGCAAUAUCGUGAAAUGUGCACCCGUGUGAUAGCGCAUAACGCAAAAAGUUACGAUGGACAGUUCAUUCUCGAGGAAUUAUGCAAAAGAGAAUAUAAAAUUUCACCAAUUCUUUCGGGCAUGAAAAUUCUCUGUGCAUCAGUCGAGAAUAUCACAUUUUUGGAUUCCCUUUCGUUCAUUCCGUUUCCUCUUGCUCAAUUCAGUAAAAGUUUCGGCUUAGAGGAAUGUACGAAAGGGUAUUACCCUUAUAAAUUUAACAAACCUGAAAAUCGAAGUUAUGUGGGACCAUAUCCAGAUAUGGAUAUGUAUCCUAUCGCCUCAAUGACCACUUCUCAAUAUAACGAUUUUUUGGAAUGGUACAAUGCAAAUAAGCAUAAUACUUUCGACAACAAAGCAGAAUUAAUUCGGUAUUGUCGUCAAGAUGUCAAAAUUUUAAUGAAAGGAUGCCUAAAUUUUAUGUUUUCUUUCAUUGAAACGACUGAUGUUAAUCCUUUUCUAGAGGCUAUCACCAUUGCUGAUUCAGUGAUGAAAGUCUAUAGAAAGAAUUAUCUCAAGCCAAACUCACUUGGAAUUACACCUAAAAAUAAUUAUAAUUCAAAUUUCAUUCACCUUCAGAGCAAAAUUUCUCUCAAAUGGCUCGUUUACUUAAAACUGAAAGAAAACAUAAACUUAAGGUACGAAGUAAAAUUAAGAAAUUGUCGUUAUAUUGCGGAUGGUUAUGACGAAGCCUCUAACACUGUGUAUAGUUUUGAGGGAUGUUAUUAUCACGGGCAUACUUGUUAUCUGAAUAGGAUGCAAGUAUGUUCUAAUGACCCCUAUGAUACAUUACACAAUCGUUACGAGGCUACGUUGAGGCGGUUGGAACAUAUAAGGAAAUUGGGAUAUAAUGUUGUGUCAAUGUGGGAAUGCGAGUUCCGCAAGAUUUUAAAAGAUGAUCCACAGCUCACACAGCAGAUUGAGCAACACAGAGAGAUCACGGAUUCAAGCUUUAACUUGCGAUCUGCUGUUUACGGAGGUAGAACUGAAGUUUUUCGACUUCACUAUAAAUGCAAACCUGGUGACCGUAUUUACUAUUACGAUUUCACCUCCUUGUAUCCUUGGGCCAAUAAAUAUUCUAAAUAUUUUGUUGGUCAUCCCACAAUUCACAAGGAUAUCGAAAGCCAAGAGGAGGCCUUAAAAUACGAUGGCGUAAUAAAAUGUAAAGUUCUACCUCCGCGGGGUCUCUAUAUUCCAUGUCUUCCGUACAGAUGCAAUAAUCGACUUACUUUUCCCUUGUGUUGUCAAUGUGCGGAAGACUUAAAUAUCUCUAAUUGCACACACUCAGACAAUGAGAGAGCCCUCACAGGAUUUUGGUCUCUCGAUGAAGUCCGUCUUGCGGUUGAACAUGGAUACAAAAUUCAAAAAUGCUUUGAAUUAUGGGCUUAUGAAACUUCACAGUACAACCGUGAGACAGGUGAGAGAGGUCUAUUCGCCGAUUAUGUUGAUAAUUUCCUAAAAAUCAAACAGGAAUCAAGUGGGUGGCCAAAAGAUGCCAAAUCAGAUGCUGAUAAGGAACGUUACAUCCAAGAAUAUUUGGAGAAGGAAGGAAUACAACUUGAGAAGGAUAAGAUAGCUGUCAAUAAGGGUAUGAGAUCUCUCUCUAAAAUUGUUCUGAACAGCUUAUGGGGUCGUUUUAUUAUGAGAGAGGAUUACAGUAAAACAACAAUUUGUAAUUCUUCUUCUGAAUUAAAUGAUCUCCUGCAGUCAGAAAAUAUAGAGUUGCUUGAUCUGUAUCCUGCAGGCCCCACACAAAUUUUCGUUUCAUGGAAACACAUUGAUGAACAUGAAGUUCCGUCAAAAUACGUAAAUUUGGGUGUGGGGAUUUGCACAACAACUAAUGCCCGGAUCAAGUUGUAUUCUGUUCUUUCCAAAUUAGGACGCAAUGUUUUUUACUGUGAUACUGAUUCGGUGAUAUAUCUUGUACCUAAUGGUCAAGAAAAUCCCUUGGAAACUGGAAAAUUUUUAGGAGAAUUAACAGACGAGUUGGCGGAUUUUAGUGAAGGCUCUUACAUUGAUGAAUUUGUGAGCUGUGGACCAAAGGCGUACGGUUUAAAAAUUUAUUCACCCGGAAGCGAUACGUAUGCUUACAAAGUAGUAUUCAAGGGAAUUUCAAUGAACAGGGAGGUGGAGCAAAAAGUAAAUUUUGAAACAAUCAAAAGUUUGGUACUAACAGAAAAUGACGGAAUACGAGUUGAAUAUCCUGAUAGGAUAAUUAGGCCCCAACUUUUCCAUAUUCAAUCAGGGCCAUGCACAAAGACAGCCAAUUUUACGUUUAUAAAAAGAAAAUGCGUCGAAAAUUUUGAUUCUUUACCUUUUGGUUAUUAA